AUCUAUGCUCAAAAGUUUGGUGUACCAAUGGGGAGUCCGCUGAGUCCGGUGAUAGCAUCGAUUGCACUGGAACGAAUCGAAAAAGCUGCGCUUGAAGCGUUAUCGGAACGAGACAUUAUUCCUGUUUUUUAUAAACGGUACGUGGACGACUGCCUGGUUUGUGCCAAACUGAAUGAACAGCAAUCUAUUAUGGAUAUGUUCAAUGGCAUGCAUCAACGGCUGAAGUUCACAAUCGAGCAAGAAGUGGAUGGCAAAAUCAAGUUUUUAGACAUGAUCAUACGACGUGAAGAGGGCGGCUUGACGACAGAGUGGUUUCCGAAGGAUGAGAACGGACGAUACCUGGACUUUGGAUCGGUGAGCCCUUUUUCACACAAAGUAAACACUAUAGUUGCAUUAGUCGAUAGGGCGUUGAAACUGACAAAUGUAAAAUAUAGGGAAAGAACACUUAAAACUGUUAAAAAUAUUCUAAACAUAAAUAACUAUCCCGAGCAACUAGUUGCAAAAAUAGUAAAAGAGAGAACGCAUAAAAUGUACAACAGUUUAAGUGAGGAAAAAAUCGAACAAGCCAAAAACUUUAUAACAAUACCGUAUUGCGCAGGUCUAGGGGAAAAGCUAGCUCGAUAUUUUAAACAAUAUGACAUCAACGUUGCCUUUAAGUCCUUAGACAAAGUUAAAAACACAAUUUUUACAAAAACUAAAGAUAAAAUUCCAAAGGAAAAAACAGCAAAUGUUGUUUAUGACAUAAAAUGUGGAGAAUGUAAAAAAUCUUAUAUUGGCGAAACAAGUCAGUUUUUGCAUAAAAGAUUAGAGCAACAUAAAAACGAUGUUAAAAACAAAAAGGUUGGAGGAUCAGGACUAGCCCAACAUAGCAUAGAAUAUGGUCAUAUUUUUGACUUUAAAAACACGAACAUUCUUGAAAAAGUUUCAAAAUAUAACACAAGAAUUUGUGCAGAAAUGUUCCACAUCAAAAUUAGGGGCGACAGCGACGUUGUUAAUAAACAGAAGGACUCUAUAAAUUUUAAGUCAGCCUACAAUUCCAUUCUACCUAAGAUCAAAACACUGACAGACAAAUGUAAACAUAACAUCAAAAGUAAACAAAUAACUACAAACAGUAGUGUAGACGAUCGCUAGAUUAAGUCCGCUGAAGAGGAGUGAAAAGCCAAAAGUAGCUCGAAACGUCCGGACCAACUGGCAAGUAAUUUUGUAGUUAUUUAUUCGCCGAAAAAAGUCGAUAA